CCCCCCCAGCGAGGCGUUUACCGUGUACUCUGCUCGCUCAUCGUGGUCCUGUCUUGUCCAAUCUGCAUCUCUUUUGCUCUGUUCGUUUGUUUGUUUGCUUCCCCUCGCUCCUUCCCUACCCGGCAAGUCUGUGCUAAGUUGGGGUCGUGUCGUUGCUUGCUCUUGCUGCUUUCGCUCUUGCAACACCACCACCACCACUACUACCACGCAUUCACACAGCGCUCCCGUUUGCGUGCGGCUCCAAACCUCCAGCAACUCACCAAUCCUUUGCGCGUGAGCACCAUCCGCACCCAAGCCGCUGCGCUUCCCAUCCUCCACCCUCUGCGACUGGCCGUACCAGCUUCCUGUUCCUGCUAUAGUACCCCCCGGCAGCGCUACGUCUGCAAUCCAAACGCCGCCCCUUCAAUUACCCGCGCCCUCUCUCCUGUCUUUGUCGCACGCCGCGAUAACGUGACGCCAUUGUCCCGUUUGUCUGCCAUGGCUGCCACCUCUUCUUCUACUCCCCCCCUUCAAAAGGAAGACUCUCCAGACCCGUCUGCCCUACCCCAGCUGCCUCAAAUAAAUCAGCCCACCCCCGACCCUCCUGGAGCACGCCGUUCCAGCUUUGGCUUUUUGCGCCGCAAAUCUUCCAGCGAGACCAGAGGCGCGGCCAGGCGCAGCGCGAGCGGUUCCAAGAUGAGUAAGAAGCAGAGGCAAGAGGAAGCUUUGCGCAAGCAGAGGGAGGCCGCCAUGCUGCCCAAAUCCCCUCCCCGUCUCCCCACCCACUCGCCUCUACCACAGAUCGAUCACUUUGGCGGCGACGAUGCGCGUCCCGAUUCCGUCGCCAUCAUCUCCAACAGGAUUGGCGCCAGCCCGAGUCCCAAUUUCAGCAGACCUUCGGGAGAGCACAGCAGGCCACACGUGCCGACGGCUGCUACCGCCAACGUGCCAGUCCCGCCCAUUCCGCGAGCCAUGGACUUUGAUCCUUACCCGAGGGCCGAGAGCAUGACCCACCGUGGACGUUACAGCUACGCGAGCAGUGCCAUGAGCACUGUAAACAGCCCUCGGAGGGUACGACGGAGAAAGGACCCUACUCCCUUCAACAUUCUUGUCAUUGGCACCAAAGGUUCAGGCAAAACCUCCUUCAUUGACUUUCUGCGCAAAGCCCUUGCUUUAUCUGGUAAGAAACGCCCUCACACGCCCUCCCCGCCUCCCACCGCCGUUUCCCCCGAUUCCCCCUUCACUUCAGAAUACCUCGAGACCGAAGUCGACAAUGAACGUGUUGGCGUCACAUUGUGGGACUCUCAGGGCUUGGAGAAGAACAUUGUGGAUUUCCAGCUCCCCGUCAUAUCCGCCUUUGUGGAGUCCAAGUUUGAGGACACGUUCGGCGAGGAGCAAAAGGUGAUUCGCGCACCUGGUGUGCGUGACACCCACAUCCACUGCGUAUUCCUGAUCCUGGACCCUGCGCGCCUUGACGCCAAUGUGGCUCUAUCCAAAAAGCGACAAAAUACAACUGGCCGUCAAUCGCACAGUGGCUUGACGAAUGAGCUGGAUUUGGCGGUGCUGCGCGAAUUGCAGGGCAAAACCACCGUGAUUCCAAUCAUCAGCAAGGCCGACACAAUUACCACCGCGCACAUGCGCCACCUGAAGAGAAUGGUGUGGGAUACCCUCAAGGGUGCGAAACUGGACCCAUUGGAAGCUCUUCACCUCGAGGAGUUUGAAGAUGAAGAGGACGAGGAAGACGUGGAGGAAGGAUUCGAUGAGCGCGACGAAGACGCAUACAUUCACUCCGACGCCGAGGGCAAAUCCGAGGACUUGGCUAAGAGCCAGGACAGAUCGUCCUCCGAUGCUGGAUCUCAAGCCGCCUCGGUACGCUCCGGUUCCCAAUCACCCCCAACUUCUCCCCCGAGCGCGAGAAAAGGCCAUGUUCGAAAACCAUCCGCCAUGUCCGCCAGCAUUGAGAGCGAGAGCGCUGAGAACCCCUACUUGCCUCUUAGCAUCAUCUCCCCGGAUCCCUAUGAGCCCGAUGUCAUUGGUCGCAAGUUCCCGUGGGGCUUCGCAGACCCUUACAAUCCAGAGCACUGCGAUUUCAUCAAGUUGAGGGAAAGUGUCUUCAGCGAGUGGCGAUCGGAGCUGCGCGAAGCGAGCCGAGAACAGUGGUACGAGGGAUGGCGGACACAGCGAUUGCAGAAAGUUCCCACUAAGAAGAGGCUUGGCACUUCGGAUGGUCUUGCGAAACACCAGUUGACCGUUCCCACGGCCAACGGUCGUGCGCAGAGUGCAGGUUACAACUCUCGCCCUCAUCAAAGCAUGCCCUACUAA